GGAAGCCCAUUGGAGAGGACAACAUAGCUUUUCAAGAAAAGGAACAUUUUAAGAGAGAGAACCCAACCAAACACAAAAAAAAAUCCCCUUCCUUCUUUGUCCCUCUGUGAUCUCUCCCUUCCCCCCGAUCUAUCCAUAUAUCCAAUAAAGCCAAGAAAUUGCACUUUCUGGGGAAUUUCAUUUCUUCUGUUGUUUGUCUUAAACCAUACCCCUCUCAUCUCAAUUUUGAUUAUCUCCAUUAGUAAUUAGAGAUAGAGAGAGAGGCUUCAUUUGCUUGUUUUUAUUCCUCAUUCUUCCACAAGGAUCAUCAAGAAAGGCUCUCUCGAAGAGUUCUGUGGAGAAAAAGAGUCAGUGGAAUUGUGUGAUCAAGAGAGAGGAUGGUGGCUCCCUUGUCAGCUUGGCCUUGGGAGAACUUGGGUGCUUUUAAGUAUCUACUCUUUGGACCUAUGUUGGCACAAGUUGUACACUCAAGAAUAUAUGAAGAUGGGUCAAAUUACAUGAGCUCCUGGUGCUUUCAUCUCUUCCUCUUAUGGCAUACAAGAUUCUGGUUUUUCGGAAUCUUCAGCUCUUUCAGCAACAUGCUCUUCAUCAACUGCGGCCGCAGGAUCAAUCACAAUGGAGUGGACUUCAACCAGAUCGACCUCGAAUGGGACUGGGACAAUUUUUUAAUUCUUCAAGCAUUGAUGGCAUCCGCAGCUUAUUACACCUUCCCAUCCCUUGAAGGGCUUCCACUGUGGAACACAAGUGGCCUCAUCACUGCUCUGAUACUUCAUAUUGGGGUCUCAGAGCCUCUUUAUUAUUGGGUUCAUAGGGGUUUCCAUGGCCAAUUCUUGUUCCAAAACUACCACUCGCUUCACCAUCGAUCAGCCAUACCUCAACCGUCCACUGCUGGACAUGCAACGUUUUUGGAGCAUCUUAUAUUAACAGCUAUCAUGGGAGUUCCAAUACUAGGGUCUUGCCUCAUGUUCAACAAUGGAUCGUUGGGCUUGAUCUAUUGCUACAUUGUUAUGUUCGAUUUGAUGAGAUGUUUGGGGCAUUGCAAUAUUGAAGUGAUCCCUCAUCAGCUCUUCGACGCAUUCCCCUUUUUGCGAUAUCUUCUCUACACACCCACGUACCAUAGCCUACACCACACAGAGAUGGACACGAACUUUUGCCUCUUCAUGCCUCUUUAUGAUGCAAUUGGCAACACAUUGAAUAGCAAAUCUUGGGAGCUCCACAGGAAAAUUAGUUCUCAAAUUGGAUAUCGCGAGAGAGUGGCUGAUUUCGUGUUCCUAGCGCAUGUCGUGGACCUUUCAUCCUCGAUGCAUGCACCGUUCGUGUGGCGGUCGUUUGCAUCAAAGCCUUUUGCGGUGAGGUUUUUCCAGAUCCCAUGCCUGCCAGGUGCAUUCGGGGUCAUGCUUGCUAUGUGGGCUUGGGCUAAGACGUUCACGGUCUCCUUCUACAACUUGAGAGGGCGGCUGCACCAGACCUGGGCAGUACCCCGGUUUGGCUUUCAAUAUUUCUUACCAUUUGCAGCAGAUGGGAUCAAUAAGCAGAUUGAGGAGGCCAUACUAAAGGCAGAUAGAUUGGGAGUUAAAGUCAUCAGCCUGGCAGCAUUGAACAAGAAUGAGGCACUCAACGGCGGAGGAACACUGUUUGUGAGCAAGCACGAGGACUUAAAGGUGAGGGUGGUCCAUGGAAACACACUUACCGCGGCAGUUAUACUGAACGACGUCCCUAAAGAUGUGGAGGAAGUGUUCUUGACUGGGGCCACCUCUAAGCUCGGUAGGGCCAUCGCCCUCUACCUCUGCCGCAAGAAAAUCCGAGUCCUCAUGUUGACCCUAUCAACAGAAAGAUAUCAGAAAAUUCAGAAGGAAGCUCCCUUGGAUUGUCAAAGCUAUCUGGUUCAAGUGACAAAGUACCAAGCCGCUAGGAAUUGUAAGACAUGGAUAGUUGGGAAAUGGAUAACGCCAAGGGAGCAGAGCUGGGCACCCGCGGGAACACACUUCCAUCAAUUUGUGGUGCCACCGAUUUUACCAUUUAGAAGGAAUUGUACCUACGGUGAUCUUGCUGCGAUGAGGCUCCCUACUGAUGUUGAGGGCCUCGGAAGUUGUGAGUACACAAUGGACAGAGGAGUCGUCCAUGCAUGCCAUGCGGGUGGAGUGGUGCAUCUUCUUGAGGGAUGGACUCAUCACGAAGUCGGGCCGAUUGACGUUGAUCGUAUCGACUUUGUUUGGGAAGCCGCUCUAAAGCAUGGACUAAAGCCCGUCUCCACCAAAACUACCGCGACUACAACCGCUACAACUUCGGCCACUACUCCUAUGCCGACUAACUCUUUGUAAAUUGAACGGGUCAAUUACCCAGAAAGUCAUCUGAAAUUUUUUUUUCCUCCUUUUUACUUAUUUCUUUUAGUUCCAAUUAUAGGACAAGAAUGAUUGAUUUAUUUCCGAUUCCUAAGAAGUGUCCCCGUGGCUAUAUAAAGGCCGUCAGUUCGAAUAUAAAUGUCUUUCGUUCACUCCGA